AGUUUGGACGUGUGUGGGAGUGAGCAUGUGCGUGUGCUCAUAUUUGUGUGACUGUGAAUGUGUGUCUGUCUGUGCGCGCGCGCGCGUGUGUUCUUAGCUCACGGGCGCAACUUCCUGUUGUUGGUGAGCGCGUCGGUGCUGGUUUCGGGUCCGGUGGCCAACACGCUGGAGAAUGCCGAACGAGCCGCCGCCAGCCUGCUCUGCGGCGCCGAGGCGGCGGCCAAUCAAACGCGACAGCUGAUGAGGAAUGCGGCCACGCCCCUCCUGGGUAAGACGCACCCGCUCCGCAACGGCAUCGCGCUCCAGCGUAGCAACACCGUGCGCGUUUGCGUGUGCGGCCUCGCAGCCGCGCUGGAUCACAUCCGCCAGAUCGGCAGGAACGCCGCCGCCACGGCGACCAGAAUCAACAAGCUGAUUGGCUCGCUGAGCGACGCCGUCCGCCACGUUGCUCGCACUCUGAGGAACGUUCUUCACUUCCUGGCGGACAUCAAGGACGUGUGCGACGACAAACUGGGUUCGUCGUACAGGAAGUGCCGCGCCGUCUUCGGCCGGGCCCGAGCCGACUGCGCCGCUCAGCUGGGCGACUUUGACUUUCUGUGCGACAUCGUCAGGGACUUCACGUACCUCUGUGAGCUGUCCAAAGCGCCCGUACUAUUUUGCGCCAUCCCGGAGUACGUCUCCAACCAACUACGGAAGCAUCUGGCCGAACCCGCUAUCUCCGCCUUCCGCCGAUUGCGGAGCCAGUUCGACUUCGACCUGUCGGUGUCGGCCGCCUCGGAGGCGGACGCCGACGUGAGUCGCUCGCUGCCGGAGUCCGGUCAGGAAAUCCUGGACCUGCUGACCCGGGACUUCGGAGUCUUCGCUGAGCUCAGAGGACCGCUCGUGUGGGCGGGGCUCGUGCUUCUCGCCUGCUCCCUGAUCAGGGCAGCGCGGUACCAGCACAGGUACUUGACGUGCUUGAAUUACGACAACGUUUACAUCAGCGCUCAGUUCGUAGCGCUGGACCGUCAGGUGACUUCAGAGGGCGGAGCUUCCGUCCUGCCGAUCACGCGCAGAGAGUCACAGCUGUACAUUAGGCCGCUGUCUCUGCGGCUCACGAGCGGCGAGUGUCGGGCGGCGCUGGUGGGCGCGGCCUGGGUGUCCAGGCAUGCGCUGAUGUCGGCUGUUCUGGUGGCUCUGGACUUCCUGGUCUUUUGGCUUCUGGAUCAGGUGCACCGGCAGGUCCAGGGGGGCGUCGUGGCCAGAGCUCCGGUGACGGUGUCGAUCCGGGUGAACGGCUCGGGCUACAUGGCCGACAUGAUGCGCGACCUGGCGGCGUCCUUCAACGUCCUGCAGACGGGAAACGUCACGGUCAUCAGCGAGAAGUGCCUGCUGACGCCGUCGGAACCCGACUACGCCGCCUACUUCGCCUUAGGCUUCCUGUUGGGCGUGGCCCUGCUGGUGACGCUCGCCGGAGGGGCGGUGCAGCGAUCGCGACGCCUCAUCUGCGCCUACUUCCACCCCGAGACCGAAAGGGCGCGUAUCCGCUUCCUUCGGCAACAGAUCCUGGACGAGCGGCGGGCGACGGGAAGAGCGCUGGUGAGGGCGGCGGCCAGGAGACCGGCGGGAGGAGCCGGAGCCGGAGCCGGAGCCGGAGCCGGAGCCGGAGCCGGUCUCGGCCAUCUCGGGGCUCUGUUGCGACGGUGCGUCAGUCAAAUGCCCGCGCGAACCGAUGAGCACUUGAGCUGUCGACCGACUUGUCAACGCGUGUGUCCGUCAGGCUACCAGGGGGAGGAGCUUACCGGUCUGACAUUUGCGUGGCCUGCGGCGAGGGGGCGCGGUCUGCCGCCUUCGUCUGCGACGUCCCGCGGUGUCCAGGCGUGUUUUGUAAGGCCUGUUUCAGCGGCGCGGGGAGGAAGUGUGGCGUCUGCGCGCGGCCGGCGACCUACCAGGAAGACAGCCAGGAGGAAGCCGACUCGAGCGAGGACGACUCGGAGGACGCGUAGGAGGAGGAGCGCCCUGAGCCGCCGUCGGCGGCGUCCCGGUCGCAAAGCCUUUUCUCCUCCGCCGCCUCCUUCCUUCAGGACAUCGGCAGCGGCCACGCUGACGAACUCUGACCUCAUCGGCGAUGUCAAAUAAAGUCAUUUGAA